AUGGGAAGCAAUUACAUAAAGCCACAAAAGAAAUACAUUUCAAAAGAAUUGGUCAUGAAGAAUCUAGAUCUACAGGAAAAGGAGUUUGAUAAGCUGGUUGCAUUGUGCCAAGUUCAUCCCUACAUCCCGAAGAACAAUAGGAAAGUUGAUCAGGGAGAUGGAUUCUACUACAGGAUAUCAGAUGCUAAUAAACUUGUCCACUCCGACGUCUAUAAGAUACUGAUCAAGAAUAGAAAGCUUGAGGACAGAAAGAAAAAGUAUCUUGGAACUGGACUGGAAUACAAAAUCGAAAAUAUCCGUCACGAGGAGUACGGCUAUGUAGAUUUGAUUAGAAGCAGAUGUAAAGGAUUGGGAGAAGCAGUUGAUGAACUAAAUCAUACGCUUGGUAAUUUGUAUUUAGCGAGGAUGCUGGGUCUUGACGAUCGGAUAUCAGAAACUCUUGGAAUGUUUGAGAAUUUCAUUGCAAGAAAGUCUCUUCUUGAGUGCUCCUAUAUGUCCAAGGCAGGGGUUUAUAACCAGACAACUCUAGGAAAGAUAAGAGUGGUUUGGUUUGUUCCGUACCCAGGUGCCGAGUUGAAGGACAUAGUGGAGGAGAAGAAAGAUUUGCCCCGUAAAUUUGAGUGGAGCGAACCCAAUUUCCUAGAUUUUGUAUCGUCUUCUGAGGAAGAAGAUUCAGAGUCUGAAGAGAUGGAAAUUAUUUACAACGAUCCUGGAAAGAUAGACAUUUCUCUUUUGUCUCAUUCGGUCCCUCUUCUUAUGGUGCACUGUAAGUUGGUUCUUUUCAAACUAGAGAAGGUGUAUGAGUCCCAUAACAACAGAAAGGGAAUAUUCCAAGACGUAAAAUUCUAUAUAGGAAGCAAAACCAUUGAAGGGAGUUUAAGACUCAUUGCUUUAAGUUGUGGAGGAGAUGUGGUGGAAAGCCCGUGCAAGGCAGACAUCCACAUCUCUGAAGGAGUGGAUGAAGUUAUGGAGAAUACAAUAUAUGUGCAGCCCCAGUAUCUGUUUGAUUGUCUGAACCAGAGAAGAAGACUUUCUGCUGAGGACUAUUGUGUAGGAAAAGAGUUACCUAAACAUGUUUCUCCUUUUGCCUCUAUAGACAGCAUUAUCACAAAGGAAAAUCUUAUGACAAUGUCAAAAACCCGAAGACACAAGAUAGAAGAUCUGAUCAAUAGGUUUGAAGAUGUUAAAUACGAGCAUUAA